AUGGCCGAAUCUCUCGUCUUUGCCCACGGUGCUACGGAACCCCUGAAAGAGAUCCGUCUUCAUUCGAUUCCCACGCCUACCGACUGCGGUCCUAGCCAGGUGAUCGUGGAGUUGCUUGCCGCCCCCGUCAAUCCUUUGGACUUUCUUGUGCUACAUGGCAAGUACCCUGUGAAGCCACAAAACAAUGUUACUCUCGCCAACGGCGAGCAACGGCCCAUUCCUGGCUCCGAUGGCGCAGCCGCAUCGUCCAGACAGGGGUCCUGGCGAACGCACGCCGUCUUGGACGAGAACGAUGUACUGUGCGUUCCCUCGGUGGUGGAUCCUCGACUCGCCUGCAUCCUCCGCAUGGGCGUCGCACCUGCCUACUUCUUGCUGCGGGAUUAUGCCACCAUCGAGCCCGGCGACUGGAUCAUCCAGAACGCGGCGACAGGCACGGUGACCCAUUUCGUGAGUCAACUCGCGCACCUGCAGGGGGCCAACGUCAUCAGCGUGAUUCGCCGUCGCGGCACCGCGGAUGAGCUCGAGCGCACGAAACGGUCGCUGCGGUCGCAUGGCGCAUCUAUUGUCCUGACCGUUGACGAACUUCAAGCCACCGGCCCGGAGCUGCUUGCCGGCAAGCGGAUCAAUCUCGCGAUCGACUUUGUGUCCGAUGACGCCCUCGCGCGGUUGAUGGCAUCCGUUCUAGCUCCUGGGGCCACGCUAGUCACUGCUGGCUUCCUGGGAGUAGCGCCGUCGGGCACGGAUGGCAGCCUGCGGCAGUUCUUGUGGCAGCGCAAUAUCACGCUCAAGGCCUUUCGGUUGAGCGAUUGUCUAGGCCGACGAUCCUCGUCUCAACAGACGGCGCUAAUGGAAUGGUUUGGGCGAUUGUUCAAGGACGGGACGCUGAAGGCGCCGGCCCUGGAGUAUGUUCGGUGGAAGCGCGGCGACGAGGGUCUCGAACGCACGUUGCAGGAGGUGCUCGAGCGUCAUGAGAGGGGGGAUGUAGGUGAACACAAGAAGAUCCUCGUAUUUGAACAGUAG